AAAUCAUAUAAAUGAGGACUCUGCCAGGAACAGUACCGUCUUUAAAUAAGGGCGCAUUUAAUUUCCCUCGGUUGUGUUUUUUAACUCAAGUGACACAGGAAACUCCUCCAGUAGCGUCAACUGGUUUUAGUAAGGGGAAUAAGCAAUUUAAAAGAUCAAAAUAACAAAAAACCCCAAAGCACCUCCUCCAAGAGUUUGAAACUGCGAGCGAACGCGUGGUGGCGCUGUUGGCUAAGAAGGAGAAUUAAACCACAGGCACUGUGCGUACUCAGUGACGCACCGACCCCGGUACCGUCCACCAGGAGUUGUGAGCUUGGGCAGAUUUAAAGCAAGCAAAUGUGAGCGCUGGAAGGGAUUAUCGGCUAGAUCUUCUCCCAAGGUUGGGAGGCAAAAGACUUUGCAUUUCCCAGCGCUGUCGGAGGCUCAGCUUGGCAAUAUUUCUUGGAAGAACAUGGCAGAAAAUGAAAUGGAGGCCGGAGGGGAGCGAUUUCUUAGACAAAGGCAAGUCCUGUUUCUCUUUGUUUUUCUUGGUGGGUUUCUGGCUGGGUCCGAAUCGAGACGCUACUCUGUGGCUGAGGAGAAAGAGAGGGGCUUUUUAAUAACCAACCUAGCAAAGGAUUUGGGGCUGAGUGCAGGGGAACUGGCCGUGAGGGGGGCCCAAGUUGUGUCUAAAGGGAACAGACAGCGUAUUCAGCUCAACCAUCAGACCGGUGAUUUGCUCCUAGAUGAGAAAUUGGACCGCGAGGAGCUAUGUGGCCCUACAGAGCCGUGUAUACUGCAUUUUCAGAUUUUACUGCAAAACCCUUUGCAGUUUAUUCCAAAUGAGCUCCAGGUCAUAGAUGUAAAUGACCAUUCUCCAGUAUUCUUUGAACAUGAGAUGCAGCUGAAAAUCCCAGAAAGCACUCCACCAGGAACAGUCAUUCCACUGGGAAAUGCUGAGGACGUGGACGUGGGAAGAAACGGCCUCCAAAACUACACGAUCACCUCUAAUCCCCACUUCCACAUCCUCACAAACAGCCGUAGGGAUGGAAGGAAGUACCCAGAAUUAGUGCUGGACAAAGCGCUGGACCGUGAGGAGCAGCCGCAGUUCAGUUUAACGCUCACGGCGCUGGAUGGCGGGUCGCCACCCAGGUCUGGCAACGUUCAGCUCCACAUCCUGGUCUUAGACAUAAACGACAACGCCCCAGAAUUUACACAGUCGCUCUAUGAGGUUGAAGUUCUAGAGAACAGCCCCGUUAACUCUGUUAUCGUCACUGUCUCAGCUACUGAUUUGGAUACAGGAAAUUUUGGGACAAUAUCAUACUCACUUGCUCAUGCUUCUGAAGAAAUUUCCAAAACUUUUCAACUAAAUCCCAGUACUGGUGAGAUCCAACUAAUCAAAUACUUGAAUUUUGAGGCAAUUAAUAGUUAUGAGUUUGACAUAGAAGCCAAGGAUGGUGGAGGCCUUACAGGAAAAUCAACGGUAAUAGUUCAGGUAGUUGAUGUCAAUGACAACCCACCAGAGCUGACCUUGACGUCAGUUACCAGCCCUAUCCCGGAAAACUCGCCAGAGACGGUAGUGGCCGUUUUCAGUGUUUCCGAUCCAGACUCUGGGGACAAUGGGAGAAUGAGGUGUUCCAUCCAGAACAAUCUCCCCUUUGUCCUAAAACCAUCUGUAGAAAACUUCUAUACCCUAGUAACGGAGGGACCCCUGGACAGAGAGACCACAGCCGAGUACAACGUCACCAUCACCGUCACCGACAUGGGGACCCCCAGGCUGGAAACCCAGCACAACAUCACCCUGCUGGUCUCCGACGUCAACGACAACGCCCCCGCCUUCACCCAAACCGCCUACACCCUGUUCCUCCGCGAGAACAACAGCCCCGCCCUGCACAUCGGCAGCGUCAGCGCCACAGACAGCGACGCGGGCGCCAACGCCCAGCUCACCUACUCACUGCUGCCGCCCCACGACCCGCGCCUGCCCCUGGCCUCGCUCGUGUCCAUCAACGCGGACAACGGCCGCCUGUUCGCCCUGAGGGCGCUGGACUUCGAGGCGCUGCCGGCGUUCGAGUUCCGCGUGGGCGCCACGGACCGCGGGUCCCCCGCGCUGAGCAGCCAGGCGCUGGUGCGCGUGCAGGUGCUGGACGCCAACGACCACGCGCCCUUCGUGCUGUACCCGCUGCAGAACGGCUCCGCGCCCUGCACCGAGCUGGUGCCCAGGGCGGCCGAGCCGGGCUACCUGGUGAGCAAGGUGGUGGCGGUGGACGCGGACUCGGGCCAGAACGCCUGGCUGUCGUUCCAGCUGCUCAAGGCCACGGAGCCCGGGCUGUUCGGCGUGUGGGCGCACAAUGGCGAGGUGCGCACGGCGCGGCUGCUGAGCGAGCGCGACGCGGCCCGGCACCGGCUGCUGGUGCUGGUCAGGGACCAUGGCGAGCCCGCGCUGUCGGCCAGCGUCACGCUGCACGUGCUGCUGGUGGACGGCUUCUCGCAGCCCCACCUGCCGCUGCCCGAAGCGGCGGCCGACCCGGCGCCGGCCGACCCGCUGACCGUGCACCUGGUCAUCGCGCUGGCGGCGGUGUCGUCGCUGUUCCUGUUCUCGGUGCUGGCGUUCAUCGCGGUGCGGCUGUGCAGGCGGAGCAGGGCCGCCUGGGUGGGUGGCUGCUCGGUGCCCGAGGGCCCCUUUCCGGGCCGCCUGGUGGACGUCAGCGGCACCGGGACCCUGUCCCAGAGCUACCAGUAUGAGGUGUGUCUGACGGGAGGCUCAGGGGCCAGCGAGUUCAAGUUCCUCAAACCGAUUUUCCCCAAUGGUCUGGUUGAAGACAUUGAGCAAGAGUAGUGCAAAACUGCAAUUGCGGGAAUAGCUUAGGUUUCAUUAAUAGAAGAAUAAAAUAUAGUUAUUUGGCUAUGAAUACAUUCUUUCAAAAUCAAGAAU